AUGAUCCAUAGUUACAUAUAUCUGGGGCAUGAAGUGAGGAUUGGUAGAGACAACCAAACAGCAGAACUGCUCAGAAGAACAACUUUAGGAUAUGGCAAACUUCGUGAUGUCUUCAAGAGCGAUAUUCCAACCAAGCUGAAGAGAAGGGCUUUCAACAUGUGUGUUCUACCCGUUCUAACCUACGGUGCAGAGACCUUAACCCUGACCAAAGCAUCGGCAAGAAAACUGCAGAAAACGCAGCGCAGGAUGGAACGAUUGAUGCUGGGAAUAAAUCCAAGAGACAUAAUUCGAAACGAGGAGAUUCGCAGAAGGACGGGUGUGGAUGAUGUGUUGGAGAGAGUGACGAGGGCUAAAUGUAGGUGGGCAGGACAUGUUGCAAGAUCUAACGACGGAAGGUGGACAAGGAAAAUUCUGGAAUGGCGACCAAGAGCAGACAAGCGAAGCCGAGGCCGACCUCCAAUGAGAUGGACCGAUGACUUGAAAAGAAUCCACACCAACUGGAUGGAAGCCGCACAGAAUAGAGAAAGAUGGAAAUGCCUUGGGGAGGCCUAUUGGUUGCUGAAUAACGAUAAGUUCACUGCAAUAGAGCUCGACAACAUUAAGCUCAGCUGUUAUCCACGAAGCGCAAUAUACGAUUGUCGUGAACCCACUGGGACAGUUCCUACCCAGACACCAGAAGAGGAAGAAAGCAGCGCAGUCAAACCCAGCACGCUAGAUCGACAACUCCUCAAAAAUUACCUCUUGUACGCUGGAAUACCACCUGAAAACAGGCCAAGAAUACCUAGAAUGAAAGGCUCGAAGUUAAUGUUGCAAAAGGUACACGAAAUCGACAAAUUACUUGAGAGAAACUUACCACUAACAGGAACGCUGGAGCAGGUAACGGAUUUCGUUUACGCGGGCGCGAUUACUGCAUGCACUGAAUUGGGGGCGAAGAUAGUAGAUACACAACCAAAGAAACAGGAAACAGCACCACCUUGGAAACAGCGGCUAGAAAAAAAGAUAACAGAUAUCAGAAAAAAAAUCGGCAUAUUACAUACUUACCUGAGCACCCAACCACCAUCAGGCAGGGUUGAGAAACUGACACGCCAGAUAGCAUCCACAUUCAAGAUCAAAGCUCGAAACAGCUGCUUCAGGGAAAGUGUUGUCGUGAUAUCUGACAGGCUGAAACAAAAGAUUAAAGUAUUAGGUUGCAGGCUCCAACGAUACAACGAAAGAGUUAAAAGAUACAAGAAUAACCAACUCUUCUAUAAGAAUCAGCAGCAGUUUUUCCGCCAGCUUGAAGAUGAAACCUCCGUUGGGGAAGAACCGCCCACUGAAGAAGAAAUGCACCUGUUCUGGAAAAACAUAUGGGAGGAAGAGAAAAUCCACGACGACAGUCCACAAUGGGUCAGAGAAGCCGAAAGGGAAUCAUCAAAAUAUCGGAUGGAUGAUGUGACCAUUACAGAGGAAGACAUUAAAGCGACGCUGAAAAAAACAAAUAACUGGUCAGCCCCUGGCGUGGAUAAAAUCCAAAAUUAUUGGUGGAAAUACUUCGCGGCAACGCAUCAACACCUUGCGAAACUUUUCCAGGAAACCCUUGAAGAUCCUACCAAAAUACCUGACUUCUUCACACUCGGAAUAUCACACAUGCUGCCGAAAGGAAACAACGCAGCCAACCCUAAGAACUAUAGACCUAUUACCUGUCUCCCUACAAUCUACAAAGUGCUGACAGGGUUCUUAACGCGUCAUAUUUGGAAGCAUGUAAACGAAAGUAAUAUUUUGGCACCUGAACAGAAGGGAUGCCGAAGAGAUGCCCGAGGAUGCAAGGAGAUGCUGAUCGCUGAUUUCAUUAUCACUAAACAGGUGAAAAGAAGACAGAGAAACAUAUCGCUGGCUUGGGUGGACUAUCGGAAAGCGUUUGACUCGAUCCCGCACUCCUGGCUGAAAAAAACACUCCACCUAUACGGAAUUUCUAAACCGGUUAUAGCCUUACUGGAGCAUAUGAUGAAGACUUGGCGCACACAGCUGGUAGUUAACUCCAAAAAUAAAUAUUAUAAGACCGCUGAAAUAAAAAUCCGGAGAGGUAUCUUCCAGGGAGAUACCCUGAGUCCGCUCUGGUUCUGUUUGGCACUUAACAUUUUGAGCAAGCUACUGAAAAACCAAAUUUACGGAUACGUCGUCCAUAAGGCACGGAACAUUAAGAUAAAUCACCAAAUGUACGUGGACGACCUCAAGUUAUAUGCUGCGAACGAGGAGCAGAUAAAACAACAACUUAAAAUAGUAGCUUCGUUCAGUGAGACGAUAGGAAUGGAGAUGGGUCUUGAGAAGUGCGCUGUGAUUCACGUGAAGAGGGGCAAAGUGCAGGACGGUGCUGGUCUGCAUGUGAUGGACGAUAUAACCAUACCAGGUCUGGGUCCUCAAGAGUCCUAUAAAUACCUUGGAGUGCAACAAGCCCUGGACAUAAAGACCACUGAGAUGAAGGGUGUGUUCAGAGAGAAGUUUCUGACCAGACUCAGAAAAGUGCUUCAAAGCAAGUUGAACUCCAAGGCAAUGUUUAAUGCAAUCAACAUCUGGGCCAUACCUUGCAUAGAGUACUCAUUCGGAGUGAUCAAAUGGUCCACUUCAGAUCUACAAGAUCUAGAUCGAAAAGCACGAGCCCUCCUAACCAGGCAUGGAAUCCACCACCCGCAUGCCUCUGUUAACAGACUGUACAUCCCGAGGCAUGAAGGCGGCCGAGGACUGAAGAACUUGGAAAUAGUACAUAACAACACAGUUUCGAACAUGAGAGAUUACCUUCUUUCCAAGCGCUCACCAUUCAUCCAAGCCAUAUGCCAGGAGGACGAAAACCUGAGCCCGUUGAACUUGGCUGGCCAACUGGAUCCGCCGCGAAGUACUCUUGAACAACUGUCCCAGGAAUGGCGUGGUAAGGCACUGCAUGGACGAUACCCUGGAAGCCUGGGAAAAAGUGAAAUUAAUAAGAGGGAAUCACUUACCUACCUGAGAGCUGGAUACUUGUUUCCCGAAACAGAAGGUAGAAUGGUCGCUAUCCAAGAUCAAGUGAUCCCCACAAGAUCCUACAUUAAAAACAUAACGGGACGGAACAUACCAACCGACAAAUGCCGAAAAUGCCUACAAGCGACCGAGUCCGUGCAACACAUAACUUCCUCCUGUCCCAUACUAGCACCAACGGACUAUACACAGCGGCAUAACGCGAUGGCAAGGGUAUAUCACCAGGCAAUUGCCAAGAGAUGUGGGUUGAUAAGAAAUUUGAAAAAACCAUUUGAAUACCAUCCGAUCGGUGUUCUGGAGAAUGAUAACUUCAAGCUCUAUUGGGAUACGUUCAUCCACACAGACAGGCCCAUUAAACACAACAGGCCAGAUAUCAUGCUUUUCAACAAAAGAGAACGAACAGUUGAAAUUGUAGAUAUAACAAUUCCUGCCGACGACAAUGUAUAUAAGGCGUAUGUUGAGAAGACAACCAAGUACCAUGACCUGGCCUUCGAAGUUAAGACUAUAUACAACCUAAAGUCAACAGCCAUACUACCGCUGAUAAUUUCGACGAACGGAUUAGUAGAAAAACAUCUGGUUGAGAAUACUGUCAAACUGAAACUGGAUGUGGACCUCAUUAGUACAGCCCAGAGGGAGGUCAUACUAGCGAAUGUUAGAAUAGUACGGAAGUUCCUUACAUCUAUCUGA